GAUUGAAACUGAGAGGUGGCAUCUUUAAUCAUUGAGAACCCCAGGUUUCCAGGCCCCCAACAGGGCAGCUGCUGAUAAGUGUGGAGGAUCCUCCCCCCAGUCACGGAGGCCUCCGUCCGCUGUCACCAGCAUGUCCCAGAGGUAUUCUGACAGCUCUCUGGAUGAGAAACUACUGGAGUAUCGCUUCCAUGCAGAACUGAGACUCGAUGCCAAUGGGAACCCCAUGCCUGGACUCCCCAUGGUCCGGAGCUCCUUGAACGCCCGAACCAAUGCUGCCUUUGAGCCAGAAGCCUCAGAACCCCUACCGCCGCCACCGCCACCAUCAUCUCCGACGCCAGGAGAUGAGGAGCCUCGGCCCAUCAUCCUCAGCACGCAAAGCCCCGCAGCCCUCAAGAUGGGCACACAGCAGCUCAUCCCCAAGAGCUUGGCUGUGGCCAGCAAGGCCAAGACCAAGUCCCCAGCCCGCCACCAGAGCUUUGGGGCAGCCGUGCUCAGCAAGGAGGCUGCAAGGCGGAGUCCUCAGCUCUUCUCAGCCCCCAGCUUCUCUUUGGAUGACAUGGAUAUGGACACGGUUACCGCCGGGAAUCUGAAGCGCAACCUGAGGAACCAGUCCUACAGGGCAGCCAUGAAGGGCCUGGGGCCACUCAGUAGCAAGGAGAACUCGGUCCAUCUCGGCCCCAAGCUCCAGGCUCUCGCUGAGGAGUCUGCUCAGCCUCCUGCCCGGUACCUAGCCAAGAAUAAGAAAACUCUGGGGCGGAAACGUGCACACAAGGGCUCUUUCAAAGAUGACCCCCAGUUGUACCAGGAGAUCCGAGAGCGGGGUUUGAACACGAGUCAGGAGUCUGAUGAUGACAUACUGGAUGAGCCCUCGAGCCCAGGGGGAACUCAGAGAGCAGACACCACCAUCGUGGUCAAGAGCUAUCGGCCUGCCCAGCUCACCUGGAGCCAGCUCCCAGAGGUGCUGGAGUCAGGUGUCCUAGACACACUGUCAGUGGAAGAACGGAAGAGGCAGGAGGCCAUCUUCGAGAUCCUCACGUCUGAGUUCUCCUAUCUGCACAGCCUGAGCAUCCUGGUGACUGAGUUCCUGCAGUCCCGGGAGCUGAGGGCCACUAUGACCCAGAUGGAACACCACCACCUCUUCUCCAACAUCUUGGAUGUGAUGUCUGCCAGUCAGAAGUUCUUUGAAGCCCUGGAGCAGCGCCACAAAGCUCAGGUGUGUGUGGAGGACAUCAGCGACAUCCUGGAGGAUCACGCCGAGCGUCAUUUCCACGCUUACGUCGCCUACUGCUCCAACGAGGUCUACCAGCAACGUACCCUGCAGAAGCUGUCGAACAGCAACGCAGCCUUCCGGGAAGUUCUGAGGGAGAUCGAGAAACGGCCUGCCUGUGGGGGCCUGCCCAUGAUCUCUUUCCUGAUUCUCCCCAUGCAGAGGGUGACCCGGCUGCCCCUGCUGACAGAUACGCUCUGCCUGAAGACAAAAGGCCAUCCCGAACGGUAUAAAGCCGCCAGCCGAGCCCUGAAGGCCAUCAGCAAGCUGGUGAAGCAGUGUAACGAGGGGGCCCACAAGAUGGAGCGCACAGAGCAGAUGUACACGCUGCACAUGCAGCUGGACUUCGGUAAGGUCAAGUCCCUCCCGCUCAUCUCCGCCUCCCGCUGGCUGCUGAAACGUGGGGAGCUCUUUCUCUUGGAGGAAUCCAGUAUCUUUAGGAAAAUUGGCAGCCGACCCACAUGCUACCUGUUCCUGUUCAAUGAUGUCCUGGUUGUCACCAAGAAGAAAAGUGAGGAAAGCUACCUGGUCCAAGACUAUGCGCAGCUAGACCACGUACAGGUCGGGAAGGUGGACCCCUCGGAGCCUUCACUGCCAGGAGGCAGCAGCCGCAGCUCCUCCGUGCCCUACCCGUUCGAAGUGAACCUGCUACACAACAGUGAGGGCCGCCAGGAGAAGAUACUGCUGUCGUCUGACUCUGCGAGUGACCGGGCCCGGUGGAUCACAGCACUUACCUACAAGGAGAGACAGUGGCAGGAUAUCACCAACAAAGGAGAACUGCCCCAGGUGGAGGUCACCAAGGCAUACUUUGCCAAGCAGGCCGAUGAGAUCACACUGCAACAGGCUGACGUUGUUCUGGUCCUUCAGGAAGAGGACGGCUGGCUAUAUGGCGAGCGUCUCCGGGACGGAGAGACGGGCUGGUUUCCCGAGAGCUUUGCUCACUCCAUCACCAGCCGUAUGGCCGUGGAAGGCAACGUGCGCAGGAUGGAGCGGCUGCGGGUGGAAACGGAUGUGUAGCUGGACAGCUCAAAAGCCAAGCUCUGGCGGACACAGCUUCAGCCCUGCCUGCCCGCAAGGAGUGGGAGGGGUUUGUCAUGGGACACAGCUUCGAUCCUUCCCCUGGGAUCACGGUUGAGUGCAGAACUCGGAACGUGUAUAGAUUCUGCUUCUUAGACAUCUUUGAGGCAAGCUCCAGGGGGUCCCACAGUGUGGGAGGAGCCUGGCCUGGCCUCACUGGACACCUGAGCUACACCACUAACAGUGAUAAAGGACUGAUGCCUUCAUUGAAGACACCACAAGGCCAUCUCCUAGCUGCACCCCUCCAUCUCAGUUGGGACAAAAAGGGCCAGCGUUCUGAGAGGACAGUGCUGGUGGCAGGUGAUUACAGAUCUCAAUAACAUUAAAGUAUUUCUUUAAA